UCAGCCAAUUUAAAAAAAAAAAAAAAUUGGCGACAGUGAUAUUCUUUUUAUCCCGUUGCUUUGUUGUGCGUACAUACGUACAAAUUAAUGUAUGUAUGUACAUAUAUUGCAUCAGCUAACUUAGAAAAAUUUUACUUGGCGACAGUGAUUUUCUUUUUAUCCCGUUGCUUUUUUGUGAAGUUGUGAAGUGUCACAUUUCAGUUGCUCUUGUGUUGUAUUGCGUGCUAGUUGUGUUAUUAUAUUAGUUGUAUUAUUAUAUUAUAUUCAAAAUGUGCGAUAUAUAUGGUGAACCAAGCCAAGGAAACGAUGAAUUCUUGGAAUUAUUAAAAUCUUGGGGCUUGCUAAAUGAAAUAAUUGAUACCCUGAUUGAACGGGGGGUUAAUUCCUUUCUCAUUCUUGAGAAAAUGCAAAUUGACGACGUUGACGCUUUUUUCAAUAGAUGUGACGCAAAAUAUUUCGGAGAACGCAUAAAAUUUAAAGCCGGUUUGAGGGAGUGGCGAACAAAAAAGGGUAUUCCAUUUAUUUGUGACCAAGAGACACAAACUGCAAACACCGAAGUCUUAGAUUGGCUGAAAAAAAUAUCCAGUGAUUUGUCUUCCGUCAAUUCGGGAGAAUGUAGUAUGCUACCUUGUUCGCCUCAAACAAAGAAUUUCAAUCUACGCGAGCUUUUAAAAACAUCAGUAAAGGGACAACUUGCUUUAAGUUAUCAAGAAAAGCAUGGCUACUUGGACAGUAAAAACCAAAAAAAUUUAACACAUUGCAUCGUUGACAACUAUAUUGGUUUAGGACGCAAAAUGCAAUACUCAGAUAUGAGGGAAUGGGCGAAUGAAAUUGUUGCGGUAUUUCCUAAAGAAAAGAAGGUAAGGUAAUUGCACGAAUUCGAUUA